AAUUUGAAUGUGUACUGGAGGAAGCAGAUGGAAGUUAAUGGCCUGUUCAUGCCAACAUGAUGGGGACCGACAGUAAAGUGGUCUCCGGUCAGUUUCAAAGAGUCCCUCUGUCAGAGUCUCAGUUAGACUUCCCUGGACAGCCGUACUCCGUGUCCGUACUCAAAGCCGGGUACUGUCUCUCUCAACCCGGCGGCACGUUCAGAGCGGACGGGACCGUCACACUCUUGACCGGAACCAGGACUAUUCUAGUGGACACCGGUGGGCCGUGGGACCGGGACUUUCUCCUAGCGACACUGAAAGAGAGGGGUUUGGGCCCGGGGGACAUUGACGUGGUCGUGGGGACUCACGGACAUUCAGACCACGUAGGAAACCUGAGUCUGUUCCCAGCAGCGAUGAUGAUAGUCGGGUAUGAUAUCAGCAAAGGGGACACAUACCGUCCCAACAAGCUAGCAGAGGGACACGCCUACGUUAUUGACGAGCAUGUAUCUGUAGUUCCCACUCCCGGACACACAGGACAAGAUGUCAGCGUCCGGGUGACGGGAACCUCUGUGGGCACGGUGCUUGUUGCUGGGGACUUAUUUGAGUGCUGCACAGACGAGGACAGCUGGCGGGACCUGAGUAUGAACACUGCAGUGCAUGAGGUCAGUCGCUGUGAGGCACUGCGCACCGCCGAUGUCAUCAUACCGGGACACGGACUCCCUUUCAGAGUCCUCAGGAACUGAUGACCCAACACAACCAUAGCACCUGUUCAUUUCACCGUCAAGUCCAGACAGAGCUGUGUAGCUCUGGUAACGCAAGACUAAAGAAGUAACAAAAGGAGGUCACACAAGUGUUGACGUUAUUUUGAGACUGCCAGGGGUUAUAGGAGCGGGCAGCAUGCAGGAACAAAAACACAGACACACUACUAACAGAAUAUGAUAAAAACAUCCCAAACACACGAUUAACUCUUAGUGAUUUCUUUGACCCUAGAAAUAUAUGGAAUGUUCUCACUGCUAUUUGAAUGUGGA